AUGUCCUUCUCUAACUUCUCCGUGGACAACGAGGUGCGCUCCAGUUUCAUUCAUCGCCGACUGAGGAGCCAGGAGCGCAGGGACAUGCAGCGGGAGAUCCUCUCCAUCAUGGGACUGACUCAUCGCCCGCGACCCACGCAGGUCCACACAAGGCUCAACGCUGCCCCGAUGUUCAUGCUGGACCUUUACAAUACCGCCUCGACGGACGCACCACAGAUGAGAUAUUCCAGCUACAAUCCUCAUUUGGACCCUGACGCUUCCAAUUUGGUGACUUUGCAGGACAGUCGCUUCCUGGAUGAUGCCGAUAUGGUGAUGAGUUUUGUCAGUCUAGUUGAUCAGAAUCAAGAACUUCUGUACCAGAAGCACCAAAAGGAAUUCAGAUUUGAUCUUUCGCGUAUUCCAGAGGGAGAAGCUGUCACAGCGGCAGAGUUGAGGAUUUUUAAGGAUUUCGUGCAGGAACGCUAUGAGAAUGAAACGUUUCGAAUAAGCAUCUACCAGGUUUUGCAGGAAGGCGCAGACAGUGAAGUGGAGUUGUUGCUAGUGGAACAGCGAGAGGUGUGGUCUGCAGAAGAGGGCUGGCUCAUCUUUGACUUGACCGCGACUAGUAAUCUUUGGCUAGCCAACCCAGAACACAACUUUGGCCUGCAUCUGGUCGUGGAAGACAACUAUGGUCAGUUAACAAAUCCACAUCUGAUGGGGCUGUUAACAGGGAGCGAAGCUAAAGGAAAGCAACCCUUUUUGGUUGCCUUCUUCAAAUCCAAUGAGGUCCGCUUUCGCAAUAUCCGCUCCGCACAUGGCCACAGAGGGCGCUAUUCGAACCGCUCAAAACCACAGAGGACUGUCCAAGAUGCACUAAAAGCCGCCGAGGCCGCAACAGAUCUCGGCAUAUCUAAAAGUGGAUGUAAGAAACACGAACUGUAUGUCAGUUUCAGAGAUUUGGGAUGGCAGGACUGGAUCAUUGCACCAGAGGGCUACGCAGCAUACUAUUGCGAGGGGGAGUGCGCCUUCCCACUCAAUUCCUACAUGAAUGCCACAAACCACGCCAUUGUGCAAACUCUGGUGCACUUUAUCAACCCGGGAACUGUGCCUAAGCCCUGCUGCGCUCCCACGCAACUCCACGGAAUCUCUGUGCUCUACUUUGAUGACAGCUCCAACGUCAUCCUAAAGAAGUAUCGCAACAUGGUGGUCAGAGCCUGUGGCUGUCAUUGA